UCUAACCAACAAACCAUGUGCAACUUCACCAUGAAUCUGUUCCUUUUAUGCUUCCUCAUACUUGAUGUUUUCAUUCUAUACAUAAAUGCUCAACAAAACUACUCAGGGAACUCAGCUUUGGAGUGCGAUAACAUCGAUGAAUCAGGCACUUCUUCAGCAUUUCUUUACACUUGCAAUGGCCAAGAUCGAAAUUGCCAAGCCUUUCUUAUCUAUAAGGCUCAACCUCCUUUUAACUCAGUUCCCAGCAUUUCGGUUCUCAUGUCUUCGGACCCGGCUGAGAUUGCUAGCAUCAAUAAUGUAACUGAGGAUGCAAAGUUCCCAACCGGGAAAGAGGUGAUCAUCCCUGUAAGCUGUUUUUGUUUAGGCCGGUAUUAUCAGGCAAACACCACGUUUAACAUCUCAAGCAUCCAUGGCACGUAUUAUACUGUAGGAACUGAGGCAUACCAGGGAUUAACCACAUGCAGUUCCCUUAUACGAGCUAAUCCACAAAGCAAAUACAAAUUGGUUCCUGGAAUUGAAUUGAAAGUUCCACUUCGAUGUGCAUGUCCAACGAGUAAUCAAACCGAGAGUGGAACAAAGUAUCUAGUGACUUAUUCUUUCAGCUUCGGGGAUGCUAUUGCAGAUAUAGGUGAUAGAUUCAAUGUGAGCAAAAAGAGAAUUGAUGAUGCAAAUGGUUUGGAAGAGUUGCAACUUCCUAACCCUUUCACAACAAUCCUAAUUCCUCUGCCAACAGCACCUUCAAGCUCCCAAACCAUAAUUCACAAGGAUCAGCCACUUGAUCCACCUCUUCCAUUUGAAGAAUACUCGAAAAGCAGCAAUGGAUUGAAGCAGAAAUUGUAUGGAGUUGGAGUUGCAGCAGGUUGCUUUUUGCUUCUUCUUAUCAUCAUCUUGUUCACUGCUGUUAAGUUCAAUAAGAAAAAGGACGGAGUUCUUCAAAUUGGCAAUGAAAGAAGUACAAAUUAUGUAUUACCAGCUGACCUCCGUAUUGAAAUUGCAAGAUUCGACCGAGGUUUAAGAGUGUUUACAUUUAAGGAGAUCAAGAAGGCUACAUGGAAUUUCAGUUCUAAGUAUAGAAUCAAUGGUUCUGUCUAUUCAGGCAGUUUCGGUGGGAAGAUCCUGGCUGUUAAAAUAAUGAGACGAAAUGCAUCCAAGGUGGUACAAUUGCUGAAGAACAUCAAUCAUUUCAAUCUGAUCAAGCUUCAAGGUGUAUGUGAAAACCAUGUAGUUUUCUAUCUUCUUUUUGAGUAUAUGGAAAAAGGGUCUCUAAGGGAUUGGCUUUGCAAUCAAAGCGCUGACGAGGUUGGAUGCUGGACGAGGAGGAUUCAGAUUGCUUUGGAUGUUGCUAAUGGGCUUCACUAUCUUCACAGUUUCACCAAACCUGCCUAUGUACAUGGGGACAUCAACAGCAGCAAUAUUCUGCUAAACGGUGGUUUAAGGGCCAAAAUUGCAAACUUCAGCCUUGCAAGAGAAGUGGCGAGUGAAACGAGCAGUGUCACUUUUAGAACUCGGGUUACAGGGACUAGAGGUUAUCUGGCACCAGAGUUUGCACAGACAGGUCAGGUUACUUCCAAGAUUGAUGUCUUUGCUUUUGGGCUUGUGCUAUUGGAACUGAUCACCGGAAAAUAUGCCACCAUUACGCAAGAUAGAAGAGAAAUACUGCUAUUCAAAACCGUUGUUUCCAUCAUGGAAAAAGAUAACGCAGAAGCUGAGAUCCAUUCCUUCAUUGAUCCUAGGCUAAAAUGUGAGAGCCGGACAGAGUUGGCCCUGCGGAUGGCUCAAUUAAGCGUAGCCUGCUUGACAGAAGAACCAACAAAGACACCAUGCAUGGAGGAAGUAGUGUCAGUUCUGUCCAAAAUGCGAGCAGAUAUAUGUAAAUAG